CGCAGCGGCGUUCAGCGAUCUCCCUCCUCCCACUCAGAGACAGGAGACUUCACCCCGGGCUCCGAGACCAAGAAUGUCGUCCUCCGCGGCCUUUUAUCUUCUGUCGACCCUGGGAGGGUACCUGCUGACCUCGUUCCUGUUACUGAAAUACCCGACCUUGCUGCACCAGAGGAAGAAGCAGCGAUUCCUCAGUAAACACAUCUCCCACCGCGGAGGUGCUGGGGAGAAUUUGGAAAAUACAAUGGAAGCCUUUGAGCAUGCAGUUACAAUUGGAACUGAUAUGCUAGAACUGGACUGCCAUAUCACAAAAGAUGAACAAGUUGUAGUGUCACAUGAUGAGAAUCUAAAGAGAUCGACUGGGGUCAAUGUAAACAUCUCUGAUCUCAAGUAUUGUGAGCUCCCACCUUACCUUGGUAAACUGGAUGUCCCAUUUCAAAGAGCAUGCCAAUGUGAAGGAAAGGAUACCCGAAUUCCAUUACUGGAGGAAGUUUUUGAAGCCUUUCCUAACACCCCCAUUAACAUCGAUAUCAAAGUCAACAACAAUACGCUGAUUAAGAAGGUUUCAGAACUGGUGAAGCAGUAUAAGCGAGAACAAAUGACAGUGUGGGGUAAUGCCAGUUAUGAAAUUGUAGACAAGUGCUACGAGGAGAAUUCAGAUAUUCCUAUACUCUUCAGUCUGCAACGUGUUCUGCUCAUCCUUGGCCUUUUCUUCACUGGCCUCUUGCCAUUUGUGCCCAUUCGAGAACAGUUUUUUGAAAUCCCAAUGCCCUCUAUUCUAUUGAAGCUAAAAGAACCACAUACCAUGUCCAGAAGUCAAAAGUUUGUCAUCUGGCUUUCCGAUGUCUUAUUAAUGAGGAAAGCUUUAUUUGACCACCUCACUGCGAGAGGCAUUCAAGUGUAUGUUUGGGUAUUAAAUGAUGAACAAGAGUACAAACGAGCUUUUGAUUUGGGAGCUACUGGAGUGAUGACAGACUAUCCAACAAAGCUUAAAGAUUUUUUAAAUAACUUUUCAGCCUAGGAACAGAUACUCAGAAGUAUCUUGAAAAGACCUAAGAAAAAUAUGUCACCAUCACUUCUUAAAGAUACUUCCAGAAUGGUAAAAGGUUUAAUCAGUUAAGUUUUUAUUACCUCAUUUUUAAGUCUGAAGAACGUAGAAAUUGUACGUUGUCUAUUUAUUUUAAACAGUAUGGCACACUUUAUAAAUCAGUUAGAAAGAUAACAGUUAUGUUAGUAAAAGAUUAUUGAUCAAGAUGUCUCUAUAUGAUGCAGUAUUCUACUGUGAUAAGUGUUUCUGAAAUCAAAGACUUGGAUAAAUUUGGCAAUCGUUCUCACUGGAAUAAGAUCAGCUAUUUUAGUAAAAUAAAAUUAUUGAAGGCCAUUACAACUGUUUUACAUUUCUUUAAAAUGUCUAGGUAUUUCUUAGUUAAAGGGGAAAAUAUGACUAAAGAAGAACUUGAAAAUCAAUGUUGUAGUUAUACGGCAAGUUAAUAUGUUGUUAAUAGAAGGUAAGCAAAGAAGUCACUGAGACCAGAGCUAGGGAUGGUGAUCCCAGCUUUCAGAAGGUUGAAGCAGGAAGAUCAUGAGUGUGAGGCCAGUUUGAGACUGUUGCAAAAAGAAAGAACAGAAAAAUGAAAAAUACCUGAAAGCUUAUUACUUGAUCAGAAAUAAAACCUGUAGACUGAAUUAGAUUUCUCAUUCAGUGUUGUUAAUGGGGGUAUUCUAUGUGGAGUCUUUUUCAGUUGUGAAACAAUGUGACUGUGUCUAUUUUUUAUGCAUUAAAAAUAGACCUUUUAACUGUAAAUUAAGAUAAAAAUCUAAGUCAUGUUUCUAUGUUUCCACUAAAGAAAUGUAAGAUUUUCAUUUUUUGGCCUUGACUUGACUGAGCCUACAUCUAGAUUUUUAAAUAAUGUUUCAAAUCUUAAUAAUCACAUUAAACUGCUAAAAGUGUCUGUCAUUGUUUCUAGCACUUAGGGUAUGAACCACCUGUUUCUGACCUUUAAGAACAUAUUCAUCUGAAUAUUAAGUAGAAACAGAAUUUCCCAGAACAUUACACAUCAUUUUCUCAGCUUUUCUGGUAUGACUUCAUAUAAAUUUGUUUCCAGUCUUUUUGACUGGUUUUCAUGGUCUCAGAUGGAGAGAUAAAUAUAAUCUGGAAUAAUAAAUGUCUUUUGCCUA